CACCAGCACAAAAAACCCAUAAUAAACCCGAGACUGUUUUCAGGAUCAGGAGCUGCUCUGCGGACAAAUCAAAUGAUGUCCUGGUGAUCUGAGUCUUCUCCAGCUCCUUCUGUCCUCCUGUUCGGAGCUCCUAAUGGAACCAGUUUCGAGUUCUAGUUCUCUCCAACUGACGUCCACUACCGUCUCUUCAGAAACAUCCGAUAAACAAUUAGAGAAUCUCACUGACAAGAAGAAAGCACACCUCUGUUCAGAGUGCGGCAAGAGUUUUAAUAAGAAGAAUGAUUUUCAACAACACCAGCGCAUUCACACUGGAGAGAAACCGUUUCAGUGCUUGGAGUGCGGAAAGUGUUUUAGUUUGCAGAGCACUCUUAAAUCGCACCGACGCAUUCACACUGGAGAGAGGCCGUAUCAGUGCUCAGAGUGCGGGACGAGUUUUAUUAAAAAGAGCGGGUUAAUACGCCACCAGCUCGUUCACACCGGAGAGAAACCGUAUCACUGUUUACACUGCGGGCAGAGUUUUACACAGCAGAGUAAUCUCCAAACUCACCAGCGCGUUCACACCGGAGAGAAACCGUAUCAGUGCGUCGAGUGCGGGAGGAGCUUCAAUCAGAUUUCUCAUCUCCAGCGACACCAGCGUUUUCACGCCGGGGAGAAACCGCAUCAGUGCGUCGAGUGCGGAAAGAGUUUCGCUCUGAAAAGUCAACUGCAGCGACACCAUCGCGUUCACACUGGAGAAAAACCGUUUGUUUGUUCGGAAUGCGGGAAGAGUUUCGGCGAACUGACUGCUCUACGAUUACACCAUUUCAUUCACACCGGAGAGAAACCGUAUCAGUGCUCAGACUGCGGAGCGAGCUUUAAUAAAAAGGGUAGUUUAACGCAACACCAGCGCAUUCACACCGGAGAGAAACCGUAUCAGUGCUUAGACUGUGGAAAGUGUUUUAGACAACAGGAUAAACUCAAAACUCACGAGCGCAUUCACACCGGAGAAAAGCCGUACUGCUGUUCAGACUGCGGGAAGAGUUUUACUCACCAGAACGCCCUCCAAAUUCACCAGCGCAUUCACACCGGAGAGAAACCGUAUUACUGCUCGGACUGUGGGAAGAACUUCAGACAUUUAAGUGAUUUCCGACAACACUUACGCAUUCACACCGGAGAGAAACCGUAUCAGUGCUCAGAGUGCGGAAUGAGUUUUACCGUGCAGAGUACUCUCACUGCACAUCAGCGCAUUCACACUGGAGAGAAACCGUAUCAGUGUUCAGAUUGUGGGAAGAGUUUUGUGGUUAAGAGUCACCUCCAGCGCCACCAGCGCAUUCACACUGGAGAAAGACCGUAUCUCUGCUCAGUGUGCGGAAUGACUUUCAAUGUGCAGAGUACUCUCACAACACACCAGCGCGUUCACACUGGAGAGAGACCGUAUCAGUGUUCAGACUGCGGGAAGAGUUUUACUCUGAAUAAUCACCUCCAGCGACACCAGCGCAUUCACACUGGAGAGAAACCGUAUCCGUGUCCAGAGUGUGGAAAAGGAUUUAGAGUACUAUCAGCUCUACGGAUCCACCAGCGCAUUCACACCGGAGAGAAACCGUUUCAGUGCUCAGAAUGUGGAAAGAGCUUUAAUAAAAAGGAUAGUCUUGUGCGACAUUGGCGCAUUCACACUGGAGAGAAACCGUAUCAGUGCUCGUACUGCCAGAAGAGCUUCACGCAACAGGAUAUACUUAAAGCACAUGUGCGCGUUCACACUGGAGAAAAGCCGUACGUUUGUUCACACUGUGGAAGGAGUUUUACUCAACAGAGUACUUUCCAAAAACACCAGCGCAUUCACACUGGAGAGAAACCGUAUUAACACUAGUUGGAAACAUGGUUUAAAAUGUCACUGCUAUUAAAGAAAAGUGGUCCAUUAUAAUGGACAUGUAGUUUCUUAUUUUUCCAAAUGUUUUGUUGCACAUAACACUAAUUCAGAGUUGUUUUUAAUAAGAAUAGACUAUAAUCGAGCCAUAGAAAAAGUUUAUAAGCCAAUGAAACAAUAGUUUAGUCCCGCCCACUGCACUGAGGGAAAACUAGAGCCAAAGAGGAAAAUUAAAAGACUUAAUUUUUACUAAUUGUGUGUAAUUUAAAACACUUUUUAGGGAUGGCUUGUGAACAAUGUGAAGGUUAACAUCAAAUUUAAAAGAAAAAUCUAAAUAAAUCUAAAAAAAAAUAAAUUAUAAAAAAAAUAAUUUAUAAAAUAAUUAAAGUUAAUUAAAUUUAAUGUUAACAUAGAUUUUAUUUAAUACUAUUAAAUAAUCUGUCUGCAUUUCAUACAGAAAUCAGCUUUGUUAUUAUUAUUUUUUUCAACACUGGCAAAUUAUUCACGUCAAGUAUAUUUUUUUUAAGUAUACUUAACAUGGAAAAGUACAUACUUUUUAAAAUCAAAUAUGUACUUAUACAUACUAAUAUGUGCUAUUGUGGAACAAAUUAUGGCAACUUAAGAAUAUUUCAGUUGUAAUUAAGCUUUUUUUAAAUACGAAACAAAAGCAUUAGAUUGUGCUUUUGAGAGCUUUUUUUAUAUAACUAUAUAACAUCUGAAUAUCGUCAGAAUAGCAGUGAAAUUUUAAACCAUGUUUUCAGAUAAUCUGAUCACGAGGUUUGAGGGAAUGGUUAUCGGCUUUUCUUUUUUUCUUAGUAUGGUAAACUAAAGCUAAAAUUUUCUGAAAAAUAACUGUGUAAUUUAAAAAUGUAAAAUGUCUUUCAUUCUUCACUCCACAUACUAAAUAAACAUAAAAAGAAUAGCCAUUACUGUCUACAAAGGUAAACCACUGAACAUGUGAAACAUUACACUGUUAUCGGAUAAACAUGAUGCUAACCGUACACACAUUGAUAUGCGUUAGUCUCAGAUAUGCUUAUUGAUUUUAUGUUGUUUAUGUUGUAUAUUCAAUAUUAUGGUUUCAUAUGUAUUGCUUGUAUUAAACUUUAUCUAUGUUAAAUAUAUGUAUAUAUAUAUAGUUUGUAUUCAAAAUUUCAAUUCUGAACGAUGCCUGUGAGACAAAGUUUAAUAAAGGUUGUUUUUUAUUCAUCAACAUUAAAA